CGCGCUGGUAUUUAGCUCCUCCCCCCCCGUCGGGCAGCAUGUUCUCCCUGUCCGCGAUGGUGGGGCUGGUCCCGAUAGUGUCGCUGGCGGGCUUGUUCUACUCCGCGGCGGUGGACGAGAACUUCCCUCAGGGCUGCACCAGCAGCAGCAGCCUGUGCUUCUACAGCCUGCUGCUGCCCGUCGCCAUCCCGGUCUACGUCUUCUUUCACCUCUGGAGCUGGAUCGGGAUCAAGCUGUUCAGACACAACUAGGCGCCUCUGCGUUUCGAUACAACGGAAAUGGGACGCUUUGCAGGACGUGAGGCGGAACUAAACGGGGCGUCGUUGCUGCAAUGAAAUGUAGGGUGGAGGGGGGGGGUGUGACUAUAAAGAAAACAAGUCUGUAAAUGACACAUUUAAUAUUUUAUUGGCACACUGUGUCUGACUUAUGUACACUGAAAUUAAUAAAGACGGUUCUAUACAACCUGAAA